AGCUGCCUGGCCCAGGACUCGAACCACCAUCGAGUGAUUACAUGGGAAUCCAGUGAUGUGACACCAGAACCAGGACUUCCAACCUCCCCGUUGAAAUCAUACAACUUAGCAGCCCACCCAGCAAUCAGGGGGCUCCAACCUUCCCGACCAGGGUCCAGGGGAUUCGGGGGGGGGGACCCCACUUCCAGCCAGGACCGCAAGGCAGAGAAUGCUCGGUCCAGAUUUCAUUUCCUGCCAACAUCUGAGCCUCCGGGCUUCCCUCCAUCUGCCUCGCAGCUCGGCUCCUGCUCCCGGGGGCUAGGCCGUCUGGCGGCCGCUGGCCAAUGGGCACGCGCAGCGCCUUCGCGGCGCCUCCUGAUUGGCGGGCACGCGGAGGUGGGCGGGGGAAGGAGAGGCGGCAACGCCCCCUCCCUGCAGGGAUGCGCUUAAAAGGCCGUGCCGGCCCCGCUGCGCGAACCCGCUUCUCACUUCGGCCAUGAGCGGCGCGGCGGGGCCCGACCCGGCCGAAGAGCCGGAGGAGAGGCGUUUCCUCAGCACGGCGGAGGCAGCUGCCUUGGAGAGAGAGCUGCUGGAAGAUUAUCGCUUCGGGCGGCAGCAGCUGGUGGAGUUGUGCGGCCAUGCAAGCGCCGUGGCUGUCACCAAGGUGUUCCCCCUCCCUGUCCUCUCCCGGAAGCAGAAGACGGUGCUGGUCGUGUGCGGCCCAGAACAGAACGGAGCGGUGGGGCUGGUCUGUGCCCGGCACCUGCGGGUGUUCGAGUACGAACCGACCAUCUUCUACCCAACCCGCUCACUGGACCUGCUGCACCGGGACCUGACCACCCAGUGUGAAAAAAUGGAUAUUCCUUUCCUGUCCUACCUGCCCACCGAGGUCCAGCUCAUUAACGACGCCUACGGGUUGGUGGUGGAUGCCGUGCUGGGUCCCGGCGUGGAGCCGCGGGAAGUCGGGGGUCCCUGCACCCGGGCGCUGGCCACCCUCAAGCUUCUGUCCAUCCCCCUCGUCAGCCUGGACAUUCCCUCAGGCAUGCCAGGCUGGGACGCGGAGACCGGCGGGGACGCAGAAGACGGGCUGCGGCCCGACGUGCUGGUGUCGCUGGCGGCGCCCAAGCGCUGCGCUGGCCGCUUCUCCGGGCGCCACCACUUCGUGGCCGGCAGGUUCGUGCCCGACGACGUGCGCCGCAAGUUCGCUCUGCGUCUGCCGGGGUACACGGGCACCGACUGCGUGGCGGCGCUGUGACCGCCGGCCGUGCCAAUAAACAGACUUCCCA